AUGGCUAGCAUAUUCUCCUAUCAGAGCUCCGAGAUUGAUUGGUGUGAAAAGAACUUCCAGUACUCCGAGCUGGUGGCUGAAUUCUACAACACGAUCAGCAAUGUGCCCUUCUUCAUCUUUGGACCACUCAUGAUGUAUCUCAUGCAUCCUUAUGCCCAGAAACGCUCCCUCAAGGUACACCUGGUCUGGUUCCUCUUCAUCUUAGUAGGUCUGUUCUCUGCGUACUUCCACAUGACGCUGAGUUUCUUCGGGCAAAUCCUCGAUGAGCUGGCCAUCCUUUGGCUGAUGGCGACAUGCUAUUGUCUCUGGUUUCCUCGCUGCUACUUUCCUGCUUUCUUGAAGGAGAACAGGUCCCUCUUCUGUUGCCUGGUCCUGUUCGCCUCGGUCGUCAUCACCUUCCUGGCCUUCAUAAAGCCUGUGGUUAAUGCCUACAUGCUCAACUGCAUGGCUCUGCACAUCUGCUAUUUCACCAGACUAGAGUACAAGAAGAACUAUCCCAAGGUGAAUCAUUUGAUCAAAGUUGCAGUUAUCUUGUGGGCAAUGGCUCUUUCCACCUGGAUCUGUGACAGGCUAUUCUGCCCCUUCUUUCGAAGGAUCGAUUUCACCUAUUUGCACAGUUUCUGGCACAUCUUGAUCAGCAUGGCAUUUCCAUAUAUAAUAGCUAUUGUAAUCAUCGUGGAUGGCCGUUAUGAGAUGCAAGAUGUCCUUCUGGAAAUCCAUUACUGGCCUCAAGAUCAAUGGAUUCUGGGGCUGCCUUAUGUGACCGUAAAGGAUGAGAAGGCCAACAAUGAGUCCAAGAGCUACUGA